ACUCCUUUUUUUGUGGGGUAGCAAUAGUCUCCCCACAGAACAGAGACCUCUCAUUUAUCGCCUGAUGACUGUUUCUCUUGCUGUGCCUGACCCCUCCAGGACAGGACCCCACCUUUCUUUUCCCAGUCUCCACCUGUCCAGACCACUUUCCUUCCCAUUGGCACCCCGGCUGUGCAAGUCUGAACCUGGACCAUCUGUUGUCACCUAUCACUUUAUUCCACAGAUGCAGGUCCCAGUGGUCUCAUGACCCAGGUGGAAGAUUACAUGAGUGGAGCCAUAUUAAAAUAGAGCCUAAGGGAGAAAACCAAGAUGGUGGCAUAGGUAAACACCUGAAAUUGCUGCCUCGCACAACCACUUCAAAAAUACAACUGAAAGGAGUGCAGCUCUAGUCAGGGCCACCAGAACGAGAGCCCCAGAACUGCCUCAGCACCUAGGACUACAACUCCCGGCAUGCCAUGAAUGCGAUGGCUGAGGCUCAGGGGCGGAGCCCGGCCCUGUGGCGCUACCCGCUGGAUGGCCCCAACCCCCUGCCUGGCCACGUGCACGGAGCGGGCUAGAGAGCCAUGGAGGAGCCGCCGCUCCGGCCCAGCCCGGGGCUCCUGCAAGUCGCACCUGGAGAAGCUGACCCUGGGGGUCACCCGCAUCCUGGAAUCAUCCCUAGGUGUGACAGAGGUGACCAUCAUAGAAAAGGCACCUGCUGAACGCCAUAUGAUUUUUUCAUGGGAACAAAAAAAUAACUGUGUGCCUGAGGAUGUCAAGAAUUUUUACCUGGUGACCAACGGCUUCUACAUGGCAUGGAGUGUGAAGCUGGAUGAGCACACCAUCCCAUUGGGCAACAUGGCAAUUAAUAGUAUCACAAAACUGACUCAACUCAGCCAGUCUUCCAUGUACUCACUUCCUAAUGCACCAACUCGGGCUGACCUGGAGGACAAUACACAAGAAGCCAGUGAGAACCAGCCAGAGAAGCCCCACUUUGACUCUCGCAGUGUGAUAUUUGACCUGGACCUUUGCAAUGGGAAUGGGAAGGUUUGCCGUGUCCACAAAAAAGGGAAACCAGCAUUAGCGCAAGACACUGAGAUCUGGUUCCUGGACAGAGCACUGUACUGGCAUUUCCUCACAGAUACCUUUACAGCCUAUUACCGCCUGCUCCUCACGCACCUGGGCCUGCCCCAGUGGCAUUAUGCCUUCACCAGCUAUGGCAUCAGCCCACAGGCCAAGCAAUGGUUCAAUAUGUAUAAGCCCAUCACCUACAACACGAGCCUGCUCACUGAAGAGACUGACUACUUUGUGAACAAGCUGGAGCCCAGCAAAGUGUUCAAGAGCAAGAACAAGAUCUUAAUCCCCAAAAAGAAAGAGUCUGCUCCAUCUGAAGGCAGCCAGAAAGGGUCCUUGGGUCCUCCCUCCACCCCCUCCACCCCUAAAUCCUCCUCUGGCUCUGGAAACCCUGUGCGGAAAUGA